UGCUCCUUUUUCUCUAUAUUAAUAAGAAGUUCUGUUUUGAAAAUGUUGGCGGGUUUCCAGAUCUUGGUUCAGGAUACAGUACAAGGAAGAACUCACAAGAUAAAAUUUGUAUAGAAUAAAAACCGAUAGUGUUUGAGGGGAAAUUAUUGUCUUGCUGCUGUUAUGAUAGCUAUGGAGUGGGAAAAAAUUUCAUUACAUUUAAGACAAGUGGUUUGAUUUUUUUUUUGGAAGAGUCUUUGCUUCAACACAUUUCUUUCAAUGCAUAACGCAUUUACAGAAAGAUUAAACGCUACAAUGCAAAAUAAUAAUAUUGAGCUCAUGAGUAACACCAUUUAAGUAAAUUUUAAAUUCACAUUCCAAAGUGGUUGAUACUUCGAGAAGAGAAAAUUCCAUUAUUGCAUCUGUUAGGAAUAAAGAAUUAGAAAAUGGCAUUUUUCAAAAAUUUCCAGCAGAAUCUGCCCUCAGUGUCUUCUCUGGUGGACACAAUCAGUAAUGCUGUAGAAGAUUUGACUGCUGCUGUUGGAGAAGUCAGCUAUGCUUUCACUGACUCAGUGGCUGAACAGGUAACCAGUAUGAUCAGUGGCUUCCGCCCAGAAGAAGAAAGCUCUGCAGUAGCAGAAGCUGUAGAUACUGCUAAGCCAGCAACUGCCACGUCACCACAAGUCUCCAAAGACAAUAAUUGUCAGAAAACACAGUCUAGUUUAGAGCACAGAGCAAAUCAGAUCAGUUGUUACAAUACUUCAGUUUCACAAAAGCAAGAGCAAGGGAUAAACGAAGAAAGAAUUUUUAAACGUGUUAAUGAUAGGCAACAGACUCUGUCCAAAUACCAAGAAAGUAACAAUGCUGGUGGUGAUUCUUCUUUGAAAGGGCACUUGAGUGAUGGAGGGGUAUCAAUUAUCAAACAGAAUGCAAGGGCUAUACCUGCUUGUCAAGAACUUGAAAGUACUGACAGAUAUAAAAAAAAUGGAUUAGGAAUUCCUGAUGAUGGUAAGAAUGAUUUAAAGGAGGUAAGAGAUCAAGAAAUGAAGGAAAAUCAUUUAAAGAAGACUGAAAAACGUAUUAAAAGUAAAGGAUCCAAAGGGAAUGAGUGGUCAGGAAAUGAGUGUUCUCCAAAAGGUAUUUUGGCAAGCAACAGACAUACGAUACAGAAACCCAUCACGAAAGAAGACAUUUUUCCAGCACCAUCAGCAAAUUCUGAAGAUAAGUUACACGGAAAACACAAAGAACAAAUAAAUCCAACAACGUGUUACAAAGUGAAAGGAGACAUAAAAACAAAGCAAAACGAAGCCAUUUCUGCCAACAAAGGAACAGCAAAGAGUAAAGAUGAAAAAUAUUCUAAGAUAAUACCAAGAAAAGAUAAUUCCUAUAUGGACAAAGAUGAGCACGGUUCAUCCUCUGAAAGUGAAGACGAAGCGCUGGGUAAAUACCAUGAGGCCUUGUCCAGAACACACAAUUCCAGACUUCCGUUGGCAGACUCGAGACAAAAGAACUACGCUUGGGAAACAAGACAGAAGUACAGUCCUCUGUCUGCGGAGUAUGACGGCUACAGUAGUGAGGCAUCGAUAGAUGAAGGAAACUGCAUUCAGAGAAUGAGAAGAACACCCCCACUGGAUGAAUUGCAGCCACCACCAUAUCAGGAUGACAGUGGUUCUCCCCAUCUCUCAUGUACGCCCUCAGAAAUUGGGGACAGUAAAUGUGAAUUUUCCCACUGCAGCAACAGUCCACGAUGCUCAUAUAACAAGUGCCCAAGUGAAGGAAGCACAGGUCACGAAAUAGAAAGUUUUCAUAAUAAAGGAUAUGAAGAAGACGUUCCAAGUGACAGCACUGCAGUCCUGAGCCCAGAAGAUAUGUCAGCUCAAGGAUCAUCUUCACAGCUUCCCAAACCUUUUGAUCCUGAGCCAGAAGCUAAAUAUGGCACACUGGAUGUGACUUUUGACUAUGACUCACAAGAACAGAAGCUUCUGGUAACAGUGACAGCUGUCACCGAUAUCCCAACAUAUAACAGGACAGGUGGCAACUCAUGGCAAGUACACCUUGUUCUUCUACCUAUAAAGAAGCAGAGAGCAAAAACCAGCAUCCAGAGAGGACCAUGCCCUGUCUUCACAGAGACAUUCAAGUUCAAUCAUGUUGAAUCCGAGAUGAUUGGAAAUUAUGCAGUUCGGUUUAGACUGUAUGGUGUGCACCGUAUGAAAAAGGAAAAGAUUGUGGGGGAAAAGAUUUUUUAUUUGACGAAAUUGAAUCUUCAAGGGAAAAUGUCACUACCUGUGAUAUUGGAACCUUCUUACAAUCAUUCUGGCUGUGACUCCCAAAUGAGCAUGUCAGAAAUGUCCUGUAGCGAAAGUACAUCCUCAUGCCAGUCUCUUGAACAUGGCUCCGUUCCAGAAAUCCUCAUUGGCCUGCUUUACAAUGCCACAACUGGCAGACUAUCAGCAGAAGUGAUAAAAGGCAGCCACUUCAAAAACUUGGCAGCAAACAGACCACCCAAUGGACUGUUCUGUUGUCUAAAACACUUGAUAGGUGGACAGGUUUAUAUAAUCCGAGAUACGUAUGUUAAAUUAACUCUCCUGAAUUCCAUGGGUCAAGAGAUGUCCAAAUGCAAGACAUCCAUCCGCAGAGGGCAGCCUAAUCCAGUAUACAAGGAAACAUUUGUUUUUCAAGUGGCCCUGUUUCAACUUUCUGAUGUGACACUCAUACUGUCUGUGUAUAACAAACGCAGCAUGAAAAGGAAAGAGAUGAUAGGCUGGAUUUCUUUAGGUCUGAACAGCUCUGGAGAAGAGGAGCUCAAUCACUGGACUGAAAUGAAAGAGUCGAAGGGACAGCAAGUGUGUAGAUGGCAUGCGUUACUAGAGUCAUGAUGAAUAGGAUAAACAAGCAAUUACAGUCCAAGGCAGCAUUAUUUCUGAUUGCAGCAUUACUGUUUUUACCUAGUCACCAUUAGAAGAGCUGUUCUUUGAAGCGUCAUCUUCAACCUUCUACCAGAAUGCUUUAAAUUCUGUGGAAAGAGCGUCUAAUCCUGACAUAAAGGAAGAAAAGAUGUGUCUCUGGUAGAGCUUGUUUGGGAAAUGAGAAACUUCCAUCAUCACAGUUAACAGUUCUCCAGAGUUUUAAGAACAUGCUUUUGGUUUGAAGUUAAUUUCACUUUAGCAAAGAGCCAGGACUUUCAUGAAAAAUCAAAAUUGUAACCGAUUUUUUAAAAUCAGAAUCCUUAGUUGCAACACUGUUGUAGUGUCCUCUCCCCCCCGCCGCCCCCGCCCCCGCAAACGCUAACCAGGAAACACGUAUUUUGACUGGCUUGUCCCUGGGGUUGGUAAUGUUCUUUAAUCUGAAGAAGUACGUCUCCGGCUCUGUCAUGAGGCAUAUCUAACGGCGAAGGGUUUCAAUUACAUAGAAAACACUUUCAUUUCAGAUAUUUUUCCUUUGUGCACUUAGUUUCCUUGUGCCUCAGUUCUUCUUAAUAGCACUAAAUCUUAAGUGCAAGCGAGUCUUCAUUUUCAUAAAGGAAUUUUUUUUAUAUGUCACUUUGGAAAAAAAAGCUCAUUUCUUCAUUUGCCUCUGCUUUUGCCUGAUCCAAAGAGACCCAGUCCCUGCACUGGUCCCUUGCAAGUCUUUUAGACAGGUUGUCCUGUAGAACUACGUAACUUUCUGUUGAAAGCACUUUCUGUAUUCCUGUAUUCCAAUGUAGGAAGCUAAUAGAGCAGGACUUUAACAUUUGUUUCCACGACUGACUCUUUAAAAUUGUAGUAACGUGAAAAUACAUUUUUUACAAACUAAAAAAAAUAGUAGAUAAGCUGUUGAAAAUCGAAAACAAUUCAAGUUCAAGAGAAUUUUAAUUUUAAGUAUCUGCUCUGAGAACUUCGUAAACAACACUGCAUAAAGCAGGUAGCAUUCAAAUAAGAAACUGUUCUCUCUCAGUCUUCUUCACUCUUGAAUUUGUACUUGUGAUAUAAAGACUCUCCAGUUCUCAGUUUGAGUCAGAACAUCAUAUUAAAAACAGUUCUGAGAUUCCUUAUGAAAUUUCUAGUGACUUGUGACUAGAUUUUAUGAAAUUUACAGAUACGUUCUUCAACGUGAUGUCAUCCUGUGCCUUUCAUGUAAGUUAAAUUUGCUCAUACAGCUUGAAAGUUGUAUUUGCAAAAUUAGGCCUUCGAUUUUUAUAAAUGUAAAGAUUCCUCAGAACAGUGUCACAAGAUCUUUAUUUCCUCUGAAGUCUGUAAAAGUUGUAUAACGUGCUAAUUUUUUUAAAUGGCAAGGCGUUUCCAUUUGUUUUUAUAUUUAGAACUCUUAUUAAUCAGGAAUAUUAUAAGCUGUUUUCUUUUUAAUUUCGCUUCUUACCCAGUAUAUAAUUUUAUGCAUAUACUUUAUUAAAUAGAAUGUUUUGUAUAUAUGAAAAAUAUUUUCUUUCUCUCUUUCUGAUUUCUAAUUAAACUAGACAAAAACAUACUAUUUACCAAUUACCAAAAAGCACUAUGCCAUUGUUCCCAGACCCAACUAAGUACUAUAUAUUAUGGCAAGCUAGGACCUUUUAUUACCACAGUAACAAAACCAUGCAUAGACAUUAUCACAGCAGCUUGGCUCUACUGAAAAGGCCUUAAAAGAAAUCCAAAAAGACAGUGAACUCCUAAUAUUUUUUAGUUUAAAAAAUGGCAGCUCUAUGCAUUCAUAACAUGAAUUAGAAGAUAAAAUACAAAUGCCAUAUUGGGUGACAUGAGGUUUAAGAAUGUAUGCAGAGUUGCCUUAAAGGGAAAGAUCAAUUCUUUUAUUGUUACACUAAUAAGUGUUUUCCAGGUUUUUUUUAUAGAUGAGUUAAGUUAUAAAGUUAGAAUGUGCAUCAAAUGGUGAACUCUCUCGCAUACAUAUUUUCAACAGUGGAAAGAGAUUUAAAGGUGGGGUGGGGUUGGGGAACGCAGACCUUACUGGGAAACUGGAUUUAAGCAUUUAAUGCUACAAGUAUCGCUUCUGGCUUCACAACAACGGACUGCGUUGCUAAGAACUGAGAUCUUCUUAAUGAGAAGAGUCAUAUUUGUAGCUGUGACAAAGCCUAAUCAAUAAUCAAACAUAUUAUGAGACCAGUGUGGUGCUUUCUCCUUCACUGACGAAAAGACCUAACUAGCUGUUAUUUGCUAAAUCUUUCUGCAGACUCAGUCCAGAAUUGUGCAUGUGCUUUGAUCUAUCUUUAUGGGGUUAUCUGGUGUAGAUACCAAGUCCAAUGACUUAAAAAUUAAUCAACAAUUUUAAAACUUUUCACGAAGGACCCUAUCUCCACCCCAGCUGCCAAGUCCUCAAAGAUUAUGAAUUAUGUGUACGUGUAUCUGUAUACACACACACCUACAUGCAUACUACACACAUACACACACAUACACACACACACACACACACAUACACAAAAAGGUGAAGGUGCCCUGGCUUUUUCAGAUAACUAAUUAAUUAGAAACCCAUUGAUCAAGUUUAUGGAUUGUUUUUUCUCCUCUCUGUAUUUACUAGAAAUUAAAUUUGGUUUUGGGUGCUAUUUGCUGCCAUUCUCCUCCACACACAGCAAAAUAUAUAUCUUUGUACCUUGUGGAUUGACACAACUUAGAGUAAUUACUCCCCCAAAUUUGUCUAUUCUUUUAGAAAAAGAUUAAAUAGGUCUCGAGAGACCCACUUCACUCUACUGAAUCUAAUGUACAAGACAGUACUACUGCUCUUUUGUGUGCUUAAAUUUGCAUGAAAGCGUAAAGGGCAAAAUCUUAUAUCUCAGUGAUUUACAGCAAAUAGGAGCCCACUGGUGGGCAGCAGGUGUUGUCUCAGAAACUUGUGAGAAAGACAACCCACUUUCUUAUUGUUCUCUUAAAACCCCCUAAGUUCUUUAAUAAAAUGAGAUAGUCCAAAUAUGGCAAUUGACUGGCAUUCAUGGGAGCUUCAGAGCCUGGAAUUAGAGGCUUUAUCUGUCUCCCAGAUGAGCUGCAAAACGUAGUCAUUUAUUACUGCCCAGGAAACAAAGUGUGUUUCAAAUCAGUAAAAAAAUUGGUUAGUAUACUAUCCUCUUACCUUUCAGAGGCUUUCUUCUGUAACCUUGUGUCUUCUGUACUGUCCACAUUUUGUGUGAAAUCCGUUUGACUAUCUUACUGCUAUGUAUCCAGUGAAUUCUCAAUAAUGUUGUAUUUAGUGACAAAAGUAAUAAAUUGGACCACGAUUUUAACAAGGAAAAACCAAUAAGAGAACAUCUAAGCUACCUUGAUUAGCAUAUGCAUGCUUAGGUGUAGGGCCUGGUAGGGUGGUUUCAUCCAGCCUAGUGCAGAUGACCAGGGCUACAUGUUAAAUCAUUUUCUCAAUACCACAUCAUUAUUUUCAUUUAUUUAUCAAGUGAAUCAGAAGCAUAAUCAAUGACCGCAAAGUAAGAUAGCACCAAUGGGGGAAUAGGUCAUAGAAUUAAGGAUGGUCUUUAAGAUGAUGAUGGAAACCAAAUGAUAUCAUAGCUUUUCAAGUGAACUGAGAGGCUAUUUGAAGGUAUAAAUUUUAGAUGAAGUAAGAGCAGUAGUCAUCAAAUUUUUCCAGGUGUGAAUAGAAAUGACACAAAUCCACUAACAUAAAAUUGCCGUUUGCCCACAAGGACUAGAUGGUCAAUUCAUAGAGAUUUUUCUCGUUGAUAGUUAUUACAUUAUUUCACACUGAUAAUUAUUAUCCAAAAGCCUUUAUUUCUUGUUUUUUUUUUUUUCCAUUCACCAUUCCCAGUUCACCUAUGGCCUGCACUGGAGGUAGCCAUCAUUAUCGUCACCAGUCAAACUCCAUAUUGAGCAGAAAGUUAAAUACAUUAUGAGACAUUUUUUAAAUUAACUUUAAAGUAGCAUCUGUGCCCACCAAAAUGUAUAAUAAGAUGAUGGUAACUUCUAUAAUUAAGUUCUAGCGUAGUAACUUAUUAUUUUGUUUGAUUCUCACAACAGUGCUAUGAACUAGGUAAUAUUUUCACAUCUUAUAGCCGAAGAAACUGCAGCAUAGGGGUUAAGCAGACUUGCCCAAGGUCAUCCAGUAAGCAAAUAGUAGAUCGAGAAUCCAGCUGUAAAUUACUCUAAAACCUAUACUACACAUACUGCAAUCGCACCCCUUUUUACCAGUUGCAAGAAAAACAGAACAACAUUAUAUUCACCAGUAAUGCCACCCACCUAAAUGGAAUGGCAGAACUGGAAAAAGAGAAGAACAAAACAGAGCUUGGGAAAGAGAAAUACAAGACAAAGAAGAAAAGAAGAUCAGAUUUUUUUUUUCUUCUCAGGAUAUAAAUGGUACUUCUGUGUGAUAGUUUGUAGAUGACUUUGAUUUCCAGGGACUUGGAGAUUAAUUUACUCCACGAGUUUAGCCUAUGCUUAUAUUCUGAAAGUAUGUUAAUCAAUUUGUUCUCCUUGUCCAGUUUUGGGAAUCCAAGAUACUUUAAUUGUACAUGAUCCCCUUUCUACCCCAUGAAGGAGAUAUCCUGUAUCCUUUAGCAGGUAUCUCGCCCAUAUCAGUGGUGAGAGGAAUGACCUCUGUCUUCCUCUGUGCUCUCAUUGUACUUUAUUUAUGUUUCUUACAUACUCAUUAUUAAGGUUUAACCGCAUUACAGCUUAUUUUAUUAUAUGUUUUUCUUUCUCCCUUAAUAUGAGUUAAUGCCUUGUCUUACUAUCUUUAUGUGCCCUGUGCUCAUAGUAGGCACAUAAUAAAUACUGAAUGGAGCUAAAUUUCCUACAGAAGAAAUCAAUGAUACUGUUAUAUAGGUCUCAGUUUUUUAUGAAUUUUAUGCAGUGCAUGGAUUUAUUUAUUCCUUUAUUUUACAUAUAUUUAUAAGAGCACCUACUAUGUGUAAUGUAUUGUUCUAAGUGCUACAGAUGCAGAGAUAGUAUAUUAGAUAGACAAAGUCUCUGCCCUCACAAAGCUUGCAUCCUAAGGUGAGAAGAUAGCCGCAGAAUGAUACACAUUUAGUAGAGGAAUACAACAUGGGAUCAGAAAAAUCUUCCUGGAGAAAAUCACCCUUUAGUUGGAUCUUAAAGAAUAAACACAGAUUAGAUUGCCAUCAAGGAAUAUAUUCUCUCCAAGGGCAAAAUUUGAAACAACUAUAGUGUGCCCCAAACUAUCGUGUGUUUUAAGAAUUAUUUUGAGAGCUUAAUUUGUAUUCCAAAGCCCCACCUCCAGAGAUUUUUGUUUUAUUUGGUCUGGAGUGAAACCUAUGAAUCUGUAUUUUAUUAAGCUUCCCAGGAAAUUCUGCCUGAGUUACCUUGGUGUAGAAUAUUGAGCUCAUGAUAGAGAAUUACUGACAGCAAUGUUUCAGCAUCCACAGAUUAAAUUUAAGUGUAAUUGUGAUAAAUAAGAGUGAGGUUAAGACUAGGAUUAGUGCUUUUGAUCUUUUAUUUGUGUGUGCUUCCUUAAAAAGAAAAAUAUUUAAUGAAAACAUUAAAAGCGAUAUUUAAUCAUGAGUCCCUGUACUUUCACAUUCAACAUAACUUUUUCAAAGUGUUCCUUGGUAUAAUAAAUUCUGUUAGGUUGGUUUUAUGAUUCCUGAAAAUUUCUUUGGAUUAUUAUUCAAAUAUUUCCCUGUGAACUGUCUUUACAGUGAUAAAUAUAAGGCAGAGAGUCUGAGGAGAUAUUUGCCUCUCUGUCUCUCUCUGUCAGUAUUCUCCUUGAAAUGAGACUGACCUGUAGGUAAGUUUUGUAGUUAACAGCUGAAGGUGGUGGCAUUUUUCAUUCCUGUGUAGAAUAAGGUCUGUUGCCUUUUAUUGUCAUCUUAAAUGGCUUCUCUGUCUUCACACUCAUCCUGGAUUCUUCACUGGCAACACCAGGGUUUGUCACCUCUUUUCUAAUCUCUAUUUCCUUGAUGGUUUUUGCUCUUUCUUAGGAUCCUUUAUUUCAAAUAUCAAGCUGAUACAGCAGCCUCAGGUCUUUCUCGUCUCUAAAGAUAAAUGCUGUGUAUUAGGUUCAUCUGAGUUUCUGUUUUCCGUCAUUUAAAAUGUUGCUGUGCCUUCUUCUCUGGUGUAAUAUUUUGCAUGAAUAUAUUUUACAUGUUGGAAGUUUUUUCCCCCAACAAAGAUCUGUCAUUAACCCACUGAAAAAUGCACUAAUUGAGUAUUUGAAAUAAUGUGGUAUGGAAUUGGGCUGUUUUGUAACUGCUGCUGUAUCAUUGUGUUUGGUCUGGUCAUAAUGCAAGUUUAAUGUGAAAGUGUAUAAUAGACUAGAAUUAUUAGCCCAUUAUCAAAAAUGAAACUUGUUCUUUCUCUCCACGUUUAGACAAGUAUGUUUCAUUUUAUUUUUAUUUAUUUAUUGACUUAUUUAAGACAGGUAAUGUUUCUUUUCAAAAUUGUUCUUUUUCUCUUCCUCUGUGCCUUUCUCCCCCACUUGCAUUCAUGUGCAUUCACAUUAAAUACCAGAAUUCAUCAAAGCUGAGUAAUACCUAUCGAAAAGUGAUACCUGGACUUUUUUUUCCCUUAGUCACAGGGAUCAGACAGGUUUUGUCUAAGACUAGAGAGAGCAAAGCGUGGUCAUAUGUAGCCACUAGAGGUUAGCUGUUGCUCUGGUGAUUAUUGUUGUACUUUGCCUCCACGAGUGUGAAGUACUCUAGGAUGUUGUGUGGGUUGGGGGCAGAGAAGGAAACUUGAUUAUUAAUCUAACAAAAGUUUGGCAUAAUUUUAUCAUGGAAUCUCAACCGUUAGCACAUAAAUAUUUCUAAAUAACUGAAAACAAAAUCACUGCUAUGGCAAUAGUUUUGCAAGAUUUUUGACAUUAUUUCAAUGUCAGUCUGACAGUCUGUAUCUUAAAUUGUCCUAUUAUUUGAGUUUCCUUCUUCACCCUUUUCUUUAUUAUUCUGAUUAGUAUUUGAUGUUUGAGCUUGUCUUUUAAGUAUUCAAGACUACUUUAAAAAGAAAACCCUUACUACCUUUCUGUUUAUUCCUUUAACAUGUGAUCUCUCACCUGACACAUUGUUUUUAAAAUGAAUACCCAAUACAUGAAAUGCAAUACCCCAUUAUACACUGAAAAAAUAAUCUUAUGAAAUUUGUUUAUAGAUUCAGAUAUUGCUGGAAUGCUUAUUUCCAUAAAUCUAAGCAGUUAAUAUUAAAUAUGACUAUUCUGUGCUAAUGAGAAAAAAUAGGAAUUUUCCCAUAUCUCUAAGACUGAUUACUUAUCUUGCCUCACAUCUGGUUGAAGGGGGUUGCUGUGAACUUCUUACCAGCACUUGUCUGUCGGUUUCUGAGUGUGCUCACGUUCUCCACACGCUAUUGUUUUCAGUAACAACCAAACCUUUUAUACGCUGGGGGUAGGUCCUCACCAGUGAUUCCUGUACAUAACCUUCAUUAGUGUUGAUGAAACUAAUACAUAACUACCAAUAAGAGAAAAGACCCCUGAAGCCUAAAAGAACAAUAUCUUAGAGCCCUGGUGUAGGAUGGCAACUUUAAUACCUACAAGUGAUCCUCUUUUUUUUCACUAUUAUUUAAAUUCUAGUUAACAUAUAGUGCCGUAUUGGUUUCAGGAGUAGAAUUUAGUGAUUCAUCACUUACAUACAACACCAAGUUCUCAUCAUAGCAAGUGCCCUCCCUAAUGCCCAUCAGCCAUCUUGUCCAUCCCCACCCACCUCCCUCCAUAAACCCUGAUUCUAAUCCUAAUGGAGUGGAAGCCAACUUCUCAAAAAAGAUUUUAGGACAUUAUGUCCUAAAUUUCCCCCAAUUCCCUCCUUUUGGUCUUCUCUCUUUUGCUUGGACAUUUUGUUUUUUAAUUUUUGUGAGGAACGCUUAAAAGGCUGUGGUUUUAAUGGUAACUGGACAGAAUUUCAAAAAAGGAAAACUGAAGUAAAGACCAUGGCAUCGUAGGAAGGCUUGUGUUGGAGGAGGGCGUGGAGAUGGCACGUUUCUGUUGGGGCAGUCCUUCCGAAUAAAUAUUGAGAACAUUUACGACAUUCUAUAAUUACGUCACAUUUGUUUUGUGAGGGGAAACCAGGGUAGCUUUGCAUAUAAAUCGGCUCGCUUAGUAUUUAAGUAUAUUUAAACAAUAUUUGAAGCACAGCUAGAAAAUAAUGGUGAUACUUCUAACAGUAUUUUGAAAUUAUAAAUAAUUACUUUAAAUUUACUAAGAGAAAAGUUUCCAAUAGCAGCUUGCAUUGCAAAGUUCAUUUAUAAUGUUUCUGCAUAAUUUGAAUUAGAUGAUUUCUGUUUUUGUGGUGAAAAUAUAGUGGCAACAAUUUUGAGGAAUCUUUAAAACUACAUAGAGAGGACAGCUAACCUUUGGCUGGAUUUCUACUAGAAUUUUGAAAGAAGUGUUAUCCAAGUUCCUUAGUUAGUCUUGAUGAAGAACCAGUUAUUAUAUGAGCUUUAAGGGUCUUGAUAAAUGUUAGGAUCUAUUCCUUUUCUAAAACUCAUGAUGUUCAGCACUGCUCAGUACUCUUGCAUUGUGCUUUAUUUCUCAAAAUAAUGUAAUUUGUAUGGAAAAUUCAGUUAGCGGAAUCUUUUUUCAAUAUCCCCUUACUUUGCUUCUUUCCUUUCUUCCUAUUUUCUUUCUUUUUUUUUUUUUUUUUGAGGCAAAGAGCUUCCUUAAUAGUAUAGUUUCUACAGAGCUUUCUUACUUAUUUUUCUAAUAAUGGAUAUAACAGUGUGAUGAAGUUUAAAUGCUCUGUGAGCAAAACUCUGUUAAACAACCUGAAGAAAUGCACUGCUGAUUAACAUUUCCCUUGGUCUUAAAUUGUCUCCAGCAUAUUUUCUAGUAACUGUAUACCGUUAAUGGAUCUUAUUAACAUAUACAAGUGUCUGUAUGGUUAUCAACAGUGUUGUACUAUCGUCCCAGAAUUCAUUUGCUUUUGGGGUCAGAAAUAUAAACAGAUGCGUGUGUGAAAUGACCCAUUUUAUAGAAUGAGCUUAUAUUUAAUCAUUUUCAUGUAAUUGAAAAUGUGCUGUAUGUGGCGUUUGAUUCUCAUGUCUACUUUUCUACUAUCUACCCACCGAUUGUCUCGGUGCCUUUUCCCUUUUGUAUAAUUGUAUUACAUAAAUUGCUGACCUCUCUGUAAACAAUAUACAAACUGUUAAAAUUAUUAAUCCAAGGAGAUUUUAAUGGCAGUUUGGUUUUCCAGAGAAUAAAUUUUUGUGUGGCUUAAAA